AUGGCCCGCCACCUGGGAGAAGAGGCCGCCCCCCCGCUAAGCCUGGGGCUUUCUCACGGCUGCCCGCGGGUUCCCUGGUGGCCGUCGGAAGUCAGGGAAGGGGUUGUAAAGCCUGCUCUUGCAGGUACUCCUAACCGAAAGCUGUAUCUUGUUGGAGGGUCUUUUGGACUCCGUGAAUUUGCUCAAAUAAGAUAUGAUGUCCACAAACUACGUGGCAAGGUUGAUCCAGCUUUGAAAGAAAAAUUAAAACAGAACACUGUGACGCUGGAAUCUGAAUAUGAGAAGCUGGAAAAGUCUGACUUGGAUAACUGGGAGAAUAUCAGAGGACCCGGUCUGUUGGAAGAUUCCAGGACUGUUCAGAAGCAACGACGGGAGGCUCUCCGUCUCAAGACAGAGUAACUGAGCAAGCCUACUUGGGUGCCUCUGCAAAAAAAAAAAAAAAGGUCCCAGGCUGGACUGUCAUUUUUUAAUCCAGUGUCAGGAACAGACAUGGAGGGGGGAGCUGCACUGAGCAAUUCAUGCCAGUGUAUAUAUAAGUAACUGUGAGAUCAAUCCAAAAGGCACUGUAUUAUAUGAAGUUCUUUGUUUGCAUCCAUUUGCACAGAGUUCCACAGGCUGUAUAUAUGAAUUCUCAAUUAAAAAAAUAGCUGAUUAUUCUACUGAGAACAUCCCAUUGUUUUUCAAUCCCUACCAUUCAAACUGAGAUGCUUCAGUAAGGAAUAACAUUUCAGGAGUCACUUGUCAGUUCCAGAAGUUGUUGUCCUAAUGAGAACAACAGUGCUGUCAUCUAGAUGUGUGUGACCAGAUAAAUGCUGCUUCAGGGAGCCCCUGCAUGACUUCAGGCUCUUAAGCUUGGGACUCCACAGGCACGUGAGCUGUUUGGAACAGUGGCUUUGUGAAAUGGAGACUGACUGGAUGUUCAUCUCUGGUCUGGAGUGAGUA